AUGACGGCAGCCAAGGCCCUUGCUACUGUGCAUGGAAAACCACUUGUCUAUGUGCAUCACAUGCGUGCGCAUGCCCUGACACCUCUUCUGACAGAACCAGAGCCUCCUUCCUUCCCAUUCCUCACGCUGCUGGUGUCGGGUGGUCAUACAAUGCUGGUGCUUGUGCAUGGGCUUGAUGCAUUCCAAAUUUUGGCCAAUACUUUGGACGAUUCUGUUGGAAAUGCAUUUGAUAAAUUUGCUAGAGAGCUGGAGCUUGGAUGGCAAAGUGCCUCUGGAGCUCUUGUUGAAGCGCUCGCGGCGCAGCAUGACCCUUUACAAGCUGUGGAUAAGCCGUACCUGCCACGUAUCCUGCUUGGCACGCCGACCUUCUCGUACUCGGGACUGCGUUCUGCAGCGAUGCGGCAGAUUUCAAUCGCAGGAGGUGCGCGUACUAUGUCAUCCAAGGAGAAGGCUGCCCUCGCCUACGACUUUCAGCUCGCCGCGUUUGCUCCGCUUGAAGACAAGAUUGUUCGCGCCUUGGUGCCCCAGCGUGGGCGCGGAUGGCAAUUGGCAAAUUCUUGUGCGAGCAUACAUCCGCACGAAAUCCGAAGCGUUGUAUGCAGCGGCGGCGUUGCAUCGAAUGCAUUCCUCCGGCGCCGUUUACGUGACGCCUUGGACUCACACGGCCGGCACGAUGUUACAUUGCAUUUCCCACCCGUCUCUCUGUGUAUGGACAAUGCAGCCAUGAUUGCUUGGGCUGCGCAUUUGUAUUGGCAUGAACGAACACAUGACUUGUCACCACACGUCGUGGCAAAAUGGCCAUUGGACGUUUAA